AGAUCUUCAGCACACUGAUUGCAAACACGGAAAUACAGUGAGAGAAAAAGAAGGGCGCCCGGGUAGUUGUAGUUUACCUGCAAACUUCACGAAACCAAAGCUUUCGUGACUAAAAGCACGGAGAACACGGAUCAAAUACCAAAGCGGUUCGUGUUUCGGACUUCCGGUGCCAUCCUAUGGAGUUGUUGCAGCUACUGUCAUGGGCCUGCAUCGUGUUCACAGUCGGGAUGUUCUCGACUGGACUGACCGACCUGAAGAAGAUGCGCGAAUCCCAAAGUGCUGACAAUAUCCAGUUUCUCCCUUUCCUCACCACAUGUCUUAAUAACCUGGGUUGGUUGUAUUAUGGGACUCUGAAGCAGGAUCAGACGAUCAUCCUGGUCAACAUUAUCGGAGCUCUCCUCCAGAUCCUCUACAUCAUCAUGUACUACCACUACACGAAGCAAAAGAGGCUGGUGAUGUCCGAGACUUUCGCAGCAGGCGUCGUGCUGACCUUCGGCUGGCUCUACUUCACCGUGUUCCUUACCGAGGGAGACACUCGGCUCAGCCAGCUGGGCCUCACCUGCAGCGUGGUCACCAUCAGCAUGUACCUGUCCCCGCUCACCGACCUGGUCGAGAUUGUGCGUAGUGGUAACGUGCAGUGCUUGUCCUUCCCCCUGACUGUAGCCACCUUCUUCACGUCAACCUCCUGGGUCCUCUACGGCCUGCAGCUCAACGAUUCCUAUAUCAUGGUUCCUAACACACCAGGAAUCUUCACCAGCCUCAUCAGAUUUUAUCUGUUUUGGAGGUAUGCGUCUGUCAAUCAAAGCUUGCCUUCCUAUAAGUCUAUGCAGAUAUGAAAUAUGCAAUGUUUACAAAAACAGAGAGAGAUGACACAUUUGUAGGCUGCAGCCCAGCUCUGCCUUCACUUGUCUUUUUGAUAGUGAGUCACAGGUCAAAAAACAAACUAUCUUUGCGUGACACCACUUAUGAAGUGGAGAUAAUCUCUUGCAAUAGUUGACUUAGUCAUCGCGGGGAGGUGUAUGAAGGAGUCGAGUUACUUGGUUGAAAGGUGAAAAGUUCAUGAUAUCUUCAAUUUCAUUUUAAUUUGGGGGGUUUUCUGCAGUUAUUUGUUAAAACGUGACCUGUGUCUCUACUCCAUGUCUUCCAAAGUGCCUUCCGUUAGGUCAUGUUUGCCAUUAAAGAUUGAUGGCAUUUAUUGAACUACCAACAAACUUGUUCUUGUUGAAAUCUCUUAACUAUCCAGUUAAUUGGACCAAAACUUCCUCACCUCAUACUAGCCAAAGAUUUUGGGGAAUUACAACUUGUUGGCUGCUAUUUUAAUACAAAUAUAUUUUCCCUGUUAAAUGGUACACAUGUUGUAUCAAACGUUGUCCUGCACAGUUUCAUGUUUUUCACUACAGCCUGGUGUGGAGAUGAUGAUGAUGAUGAUUUUGUAUCUCUCUCAGAGUUGGUACUCAUGCCUCUGUGUCAUCAUGUAGACAGAAUAUUGAGUCAUAUCAAUGGCAGUAAGUUAUAUUUGUCCAGAAAUGUUUUCUAUAUUUUUUUUUUCUGAAUCUUUUUUGAUACAGGUUGUGUAUGUUGGGCCCAUGUCCCACAUCAGAUAUUGUCUACUUUUAUCUAUUUUUUUUAUAUCCUCAUGAGAUUAAAGCAAAUAUAAAAUGAGAUUAACACCAUAAGAUGUGUUUACAAAAAAUUGUGAUGCUUAUUUUUGUGGUGGUUGUCAUGGAUAUUAAAAUUAUUAUUCACUGUAAUAGGGACAUAUGUUAUGCAUAUUAAACGGCUGAGUGUUAGUGCUAAUUCACUCACUUCUAAAGGAUGUAAGACCUAAAAGGGUGCCAUGUAAAUAAAUGUUCAUGUUAACCAUCAA